AUGUGCGCUCAUCGCCUCGCCUUCCCGCUGCCCCGCAAAAGCGAAAAAGCGCCGCGAGAGAAGAGAAGAGGGGCCCGAAAAAAGAGAGCGACGACAAGGUCAGAGAGCGGCGGCAAAAAGCUCGCCGCCGCCGCGAAGAAGGGAGGUCGCGUCGCGUGGAGAGCGGGCAGAGGGGGAACGGUGGCGGAACGAUCGCGGGGCGACACGUCAGCCGCGGUCACUCCGGCUGUCGUCGUCGCGCGCGCGUUCCGUCAACCGAGGAUUUGGUUGUUGGAGGGGCGAUGGGUGGGCUGAGCGGGGGAGUUGUUUAUCGAUAGCGGUUUUGGUGUUGAGACGGGGGUUGUGAAGUCUUAAAUUUGGGAUAUUUUGGGUUAAAUCGCUGAAAUUUUGGAGAUUUUGGCUUAAAUCGCUGAAAUUUUGGAGAUUUUGGCUUAAAUCGCUGAAAUUUUGGAGAUUUUGGCUUAAAUCGCUGAAAUUUGGGAUAUUUUGGGUUAAAUCGCUGAAAUUUUGGAGAUUUUGGCUUAAAUCGCUGAAAUUUGGGAUAUUUUGGGUUAAAUCGCUGAAAUUUUGGAGAUUUUGGCUUAAAUCGCUGAAAUUUGGGAUAUUUUGGGUUAAAUCGCUGAAAUUUUGGAGAUUUUGGCUUAAAUCGCUGAAAUUUGGGAUAUUUUGGGUUAAAUCGCUGAAAUUUUGGAGAUUUUGGCUUAAAUCGCUGAAAUUUUGGAGAUUUUGGCUUAAAUCUCUUAAAUUUGAGAGAUUUUUUGGCUUAAAUCGCUGAAAUUUUGGAGAUUUUGGCUUAAAUCGCUUAAAUUUGAGAGAUUUUGGCUUAAAUCGCUGAAAUUUUGGAGAUUUUGGCUUAAAUCUUUUAAAUUUGAGAUAUUUUUUGAAAAAUUACAUAGUAAUUUUUACUUUUUAAAGUCUUCCCAAACACCUUUUUUCAAAUUUCCAACCCCCUACCUCCCCCAAAAAACCCCCUUUUUUGCGCAUUCCCCUUCGCCUCAAAUCAUCGCCAAUCUGCAAAUUGCAUCGCCCUUCAGCGACUCGCCGCCGCUCUCGACGUCUCUGCUUGUCGGAUCGCGUGAAUAUUUGUCGUCGUCGCAACUCAAAAGCCCCGCCAAGACGCGCGCCGAAUGCGGAGAGCGGGCAGAGAAAGUGACCGCCGCACAGAAACGAGUGUUCGUGGGGUGGGGCGAGAGAGCGGCGCGAGAGCGAGCGGGGCGAACGCACUGCGAAUCGGAGGGUUUCUUAUUUUUGUCGGGGGCCUAAAACCCCCGGUCAGGGUUGAUGGUCAGGCCGCCGAAGAGUUGUAAUACAAAGCGUUGAGCUGCUGCGGCUCUUGCCUGGCUUCAUUUUGGAAGUUUUGAAGGCUGGAAAAGCCGGGAAAAGGCGUUGAAUCCGAAUUUUAAUUGGAUUUGAGUUAUUUUAGGGGAGAGAAAUCAGUUUAUUUCGUUAGAAAUGGACUCAAAAAUCCGAAAAAAGGUUGGGAAAGUUUGUUUAUAGGGCGAAAGACUUAAAAUUUCAAAACGACUUUGACCGUCAACUCUUUUUGAGUUGUUUUAGGACAAUCAGCGAGCUUUUUGUAAAGAAAUUUCACAGUGAAACCUCAGUAAAAUGAAGAUACGACAGAAGCUCUCUAUAACAAAAAAUUUGAAAUUUCUAAACACUCGAUUUAGAGGCAAAAUGAGCUUGCAUACAAGGACAUCUUCUAUAAAAAAAAAUUUUUUUGCUUCUUCGUUAUACAGAGGCUUUACUGUAGGUAUUAUACCCGAAUUUAGUCAUCACUAAAAAUUGAUGACUUUGUAAUUACCCCUGUUUAUCAAAUCCCCUCUUCAGAACAUCCCACAGCGUUCUUUUGUGGAUCAAAGAGCAUUCCGCAGCUUCCAGCGUCCCCAUGACUCAUCAAAUUCGAUAGUUACAUAGUGUGUUUUGUGCGUCAUCUUCGCCUUAUUUACAUAAAACAAUAGUUGAAAAAUUGUGAACAACCAGUUGUAAUAGCUCUAAAAUUUGUUUUUUCAACUUUUCUACAUUGCUUUAAUAUUGAUUUUUUUCAGAAUCGACUGCUCCGCACAAAGUCCAACGAACGUAAGAUUCUGCGAUUAUUUUUUUCGAUUUUAGAUCCGAUCUUCAUAACGAAUUAAGCUGCGAUUUUCCAGAGAGUCUGAACUCAAAAUUCAGCUGGGAUUUUGCGACAAUUUUUUUGAAUUUUUUCCAAAAGUAUCCAUGAGACAUUUUGAGGCAUUUCGAAGCGAUCCGUAUAUUCAAUGCUCUGUUUUUGGUAUACGUGGCUUUUCCGGCGGAAUUCUUUCGUAAUAUCGGUGUAUUCACCAGAAAUUUUUGGAAUCCUGUCAUCACGACGAUUUUUUGUCAUAAUUUUUUGAUUUUUUUUUCAUCAAAAUUUUGGAUAAAAAUUCGGUUAGAAAGUUGAAAAUUGCUUUGUUUUUGAAGCUUUUUGCCCUGUAGAAUCAAAUUUUAGGCAAUAAAUUUCCCGGGGAAGCUUUGAGAUCGCUUUUUUCGAGAGAUUUUGUCAAAUCCGACCUUGUUGUAGGUUUUCGAUUGAAUUUUAUUGUCUGUAACUAAUUUUUAUGCCAAUUUUAUGGUCCAAAUUCAAUUUCUAAUAUAAUUUUAGACCUUUUCCUUCAAUUUCCAACUUGAUUUUCGUCCUCAAAAAAAAAUUUUUUUUUUCGAAAUUUAAUGUCCAAGUCCAUCAAGUAUAAUAUAAAAAUUUUUUGUAAAAAUCGCAAAAGCUAAUCACUACAAGUCUCCCCACUCCAGCCCUCCUUGCACCGCUUCGCUCUAACGGGCGUCUGCCCCCCAAAAAAAAAACCCGCUGUCGGGAGCGCUCUCCUCGUUCGGCGCGCUCUCUCCGCUCGGGUCGUCUCUUCUUUUUUCUCGAAAAUUGUGCGUUUCCCCUAAGCGGGGCUUUUUCGUCAGCCGGACCCGGCGUGGAAAUCGUCGUUUGCGGCGGGGAUUCGACGGUUUUGCGGGUGUCCUGAUCUGGAGAAGUUGCCUAUGGGACCUCUGAAUUAUCCUUCAUCAAAAAAUCCACAAAAUUUUCGAAUUUUUGGCCAAUUUUAGCCAUUUUUCGGUAGGAUAAGAUAUUGAUAAAGAAUUUUAGCCCCAAAAAUUCUCUUUUAUUUUGGCGAAUUUGGCCUUUUAUCAGGGAAUUUAGUGAUUUUUAGGGAUAAAAAACAUUCUUUCAUAGGGAAAACUAAUUUUUUAUACCUAAAAUUUGCGAAAAUCCCAAAAAUUUUGAUUUUUUCGAAAUUUUUUUGCAAAAAAAUAAUUUUAGGUAACAAAACCCAACUUUAUGGUUGAUAAUCAGUAUUUCAAAGGUAUAUUUGAGGGAAUUUUAAUCAUUUUCUGUCAGUUUCGACAUGUUGUUCAUGUCAAAAGCAAAGUUUUCGAUUUGAAUUUUGACCCACUUCCCAUCCCAUGACCAUUUUUUCGGGCGAUGAAACGUUUGUUUUGCUUCUUCAGUCGAUAAGAUCAAAGUUUUCGGGGGAUUUUUGGACUCCAUUUUACCUUAUUUUAGGUUGGAUUUUGAAAUUUUUUGAAUUUUUUUUUAAAAAUUGAAUAUUUUCGCGGAAUUUUGAUGUCGAAACCAUUGAAUGAGCCCAUUUUCAGGUCAAACCGACAAAAUUACACGUCGCAAAGCGAGCCGUCAAGCGUUGGUGGAGAGCCGCACGAUCUUCGACAAGAGUCCCGAGAAAGACGACAAAACGGCGUCGCUCAAGAACCAUCAGGCGUCGGCGGCGUCGUCGGCCGAGCCCGCCAAGCGCGAGGAGGAGGAGCCGUCGAACAGCAGCAACGAGGUGCAGGGUUCGAGCUGCGUGAACGGGGAUGUGGCGCAUGAGAAUGGAGAGGAAGCGGGCUCCUCCUCGCAACCGAAAUCGUCGCUGAAAGCGCGCGCGCGACGUCGCAGCGGCACGCAGAGCUCGAGUUGCACGAGUCAGGACUCGAAUGCGAGCGUGUACGGGGACGACGACGAGGAGGAGGAGGAUGAGGAAGAGCCCGAGUCCUCCUGCAGCCAUGAUCGCGCGGAUGGCGGCGGAGGCGGCGCGAACCUCGGCUUCCGCUCCACCACGCAGUACGAGGCGGACCUGAAUCAGGCCGGCCUUCAGCUGGCGUUCGACUUUUGGCGCGGCUCCGACGACCCCAUGCUCAAGAAGCUCAGCGAACGCGAGGUCCAAGAGCUCUUCGCCAAGGCGCCCGACCAGCUCCAACGCCUCCACCAACAACUCUACGCCAACCUCGACCCCACCGCAGCGAGUGAACCGAAUUGCGAGCAGAAACGACCGCCCAAGAGCAAUGGAAAUCUCGACGAGAACGGCCCCACCUACAACGACCAACUCUCCCAAACAACCACCCCCGACGGCCAAAUGUUCACGCCACAGUUCAUCAACAACGUCGCUUCAACUCUGGGUCCCACUCUCGCGGCGGCAUUGAGUAAUCUCCCAGCGAAUCAAAAGGUAAAAUUUUUUGUUUUUUGAGCUUUCGAUUUUAGGUAACAAUCUCAAGUGUAACUUUUUUCUCGAAAAAUAGAUGCUCUUGAAGUCAUGUGGAAGAAAGAGCAGCUAAAACAGUCUUGAAUCAAAAGAAAUUUCCUGGUUCUGCCCGGAAAUUAUCUUCUUUUCGUCUCGAUCGAACAUGUUCGAUCGUAUAAAAUAUCUGCUGUCUUCUCUUUGGCCAAACUUGGUCACAAUCGCGCCUCUCGCGCUGAUUAUGCCUUUUCCGUUUCAGAACGGCGUGACGGUGCCGAUAAACCCAUUCACCGGACAACCCAUCACCAACCAAGAAGUCCUCAACACCCUGGCGGCCAACCCAUCCAUGGCGCCCUUCUUCAACUACUCGAACCUGGCCGGCGGCCCGCCCAUCCAACAAAUCGACCCCACCACCGUCGCCAUCACGAACAAGUUCGUGCAGAUGGCGCGGGAUGCGCACGAGGCGUCCGCCUCCACCUCAUCGUUCGUGCACGGCGACCAGCGGACGGUGGCGUUGCAGACCCUCCCCGACAGCGACUAUCCCCCAUUCUACGCGUUUCACGUGGCCCAACAGCACAACUCGCAGAUGAUGUUCGUGGAUCAGAGCUCACAAGUGGCGUACUUCAAUUUUGCCGACCUUCCGUCGAAUAGUGAGUGGUUUUUCUGAUUGUUUUCUUGAGUUUAGGUCGAUUUUUGAUGUUGAACUUGAAAAGGUCAUGGGAAAUUGCUGAAAAUAAGCCUUUUUGCCUGAAUUUGACUAAAUCUGUUGGAGGCAAAAAGGAUUUAGGGGUGACAUUCAUUUCCAAGAAGAUUGAGCGCGGAUGUUCUUUUUUUCAAGAGCUGAUAGAUUAGGUCAAGUAUAAUAUCAGGAACCGGUUCAAAAGUUGAUUUUUUGUUCAGAGACUGGUUACAUUAGCAAAUGCUUUGUUUUUAGCUAAAUUCGAGCUAAUUUCUCCAUGUUAUCUAUGAUUUCUAACUAGGCCUAGUACAACAUCGAAAAUUCGAAAUUUCAUGGAAUUUUUGUAAUUAAUUGUCUUGUAAAAGACGGUUUAUGACCUUUCAAUCCUGUUUGAAUUUUAGAAGCAACCAUACAAGUGGAAGACAGCAAACCAGAAGGGACAUUACGCCUAGUGAUACAGAAUUUCUCAAAGAUGACAGAUACGGUGCGCGGACCAUCGAAGAUUGUUCAAAAUGUUCCCUGGCGCAUCAUGAUCAUGCCCAGACAGCACAUUGUACAGAAGAAAGGCACUCAAAAGUGUCUAGGAUUUUUCCUUCAAUGCUGUCCGGAUGCGUAUUCAGAGUAAGUUUAUUAUUUUUUUGUUUGUUUUCUGGAUUUAGAUUGGCUGAGAUAUUGUGGAUGGAGAGUUUGAAGGUCUUGUGGAUGAAGAACAGCUGAUAAAAAUGCUUAUUUUCAGCUCAUGGUCAUGCUCAGCGGCGGCGGAGUUGCGACUUAUCUCUCAGAAGCAAGGAGUUCCAAAUUUUUCCCGAAAAACCAACCACAAUUACACGUCGAAGGAAAACGAUUGGGGCUACUCAUGUUUCAUGACCUGGGCCGACAUCCUCGACGAUCAGCAGGGCUAUAUUCACAAUGACACCGUGAUUCUCGAGGUGCACGUGAAGGCCGAGUCCGCCAAGAACGUGAUGAACUUGGACGAGUUCCGGAAGAAAAUCACCGGCUACAUACGGCUGGCUGCGCUGCAGUGCGAACGCGGGUUAAUCGACAAGGCCAUCGAAUGCAAUACGAUGGCCAUGAAGAUGUGCAAAGACAAAGAUCCCGACUGCCAGAGGAAAUUGCAGGCUCAGAAUGCGGAGUUGGUGGCGAGAAAGCUGAAACAAAGCAUUGCGAGAAUAGAAAGAGGUAAAGAGAAGGCGUCAGAGGUUUUGCAAUGAAAAAAAUUUGGUCUAGAAAAUUAUUGCGCUUCAUUUUUGGGCAGUUCGAAUUUAUAUCUUGCAAUCUACUUAUCCACUCGUCUAAUGACCAACCAAAAAGUCAGAUAGGCCCAAAAAUCUCAGAAAGGACUUGCCAAAGAGCUGGAUUGGUAGCGAAAUCAUAUAAAUCAAUGGUAAAACAGCUGGAUUGACCUAAAAAUCUCAUAAAUGGCAAGCCAAAUGUAUGAAAUGGUAGCCAAGUAAUUUGAUUGAGAUUCUUAGGCCAAUCCAGCUGUUUUACCAUCGAUUUAUAUGAUUUGGCUACCAAUCCAGCUCUUUGGCAAGUCCUUUCUGAGAUUUUUGGACCUAACUGACUUUUUGGGUGGUCAUUAGACGAGUGGAUAAGUAGAUUGCGAGAGAUAAAUUCGAACUGCCCAAAAUGAAAUGCCACGGUUAUAUCGUUUUUGCGGUCCAGAGAUAUUUGGGCCAAAAAUUUACGCAAUUUUUUCAGGAAGUGAUACCGUCGCCGAAACCGAUCCCACCGCCAACAUUACGGCACUGCGAAUCGCCAUGUCCGGCAGUGGCUCCCAACGGAAUUCGGCGAUACAGAAACCGAGACGCAAAGACCAAAAGGACUUUGACAAGAAGCGCUCCAAAGACGACGCGCAAAACGACCUGGCGUCCAAUGGAAGCGUGGACGACAACAAGUCCAAGGACGACACCAAAGACUCGAACGACCUGGAUGACGAAGACGAAUGCUUCUGCGACAACCCCGAUCAUUCCCCGAAGUGUGUGUGCAAUGUGGAAAAGUUGGACAGAACCGCGGAAUAUCAGCUGGAAAGCCUGGUCCAUAGACAUGAGGUGGGUGUUUUAACUUUUUUUUGUUGAAUUUUAGGCUGGAGAAGGAAGAAAAUCGGGGUUUUUUUCUAAAACAUGUUGUUUUAGGCCGAUGGUGAGGAAUGCAACGUUCUCAAUGAAUUUGAUGGAAAAGGAACGUUCGAAUCCUUCGAGGAGCUUGUGGUAAGCCAAUUUCGAAUCAAUUUUGUACAUUUUUUCGCAUUUUUCCUAUGUUUUCCCUCACCCCCCGCAUCGCUAACCCCCCUCCUUUGCACCUCUCAUUGGCCUGAUUUCGAUUGUCUGGAGAUAUUUUUGGUUUCGAAUUUGGGAUUGUGUAGGAGAAAGGUUACUGGUUUUGUGCGGGACAAGAGCUUCCCAAGGCGUGUUGGUUUGGAUUUCCUGCCUCUUCAUAACUUUUUGCCGUUUUAUUCACCCAUUUUACGGAGUUUUGAAUAAUUUUUGGGAGUUUCGGAAAGAAUACGCGGGUUUUUUGGCUCUGUUUGGAGGUUCGAAAUUGUGUGCCGAUCACGCUAGCCACCACCCGGAAAUAACCACCGUCAUGAUCCGAAAAUAUCUCACUGAAAUCGAAAAUUUCAGGCCAAUGAGUCGGCGGCGUCCCGACGCCUGGUCGACGCCCUGUUCGCGACCCCCGAAGACAAGGCGGCCCUGCUGGCCGCCGUGAAUCGCGCCCGCUCGGGCGUGAGCACCGCCCUGGAAGAGGCGGACAAGUUCCGGCUGCCGAUGCGCUUCGAGCUGCUGGCCCGCAGCCUGAUCUGCGACGGGGGCUUCACUUUUGCGGACAUUGUGCAAAAGGAAUCGGACGCGCUGUUGACGAUUAUCGCACAGCAAGCCGCACUCGCCGCACAGAACGACGAGCGCUGGCGCAGCGCCAUCGAAGAUAUGUGCGCUCUGGCGGAAGUAGGGGAUUAGAAAUGAAUUUUUUACUUAUUUGGUUUUUAAAUAUUUACUUUUUUUGGUUUUAAAAUACAGUAUCCGGCAGGAUCAUGUGGCAAAAACACAUCCGAAUGCAUCUAUGACGCUGUAAAAUGCAUCCAUUUGCAUCCUUUUUUCUGAUCGAAAAUAGCUUUUUUUUCAUUUGAAGUGACGGGGUUUGGGCCUUUUUGAGAGAGAAAUGGAAGCAUUUUUUGGCAUCCAUUUCUCCCUUAAAAAGACCAAACUUUCGUCUCUUCAAAGGAAAAGCUAUUUUCGAUCAGAAAAAUGAUGCAAAUGGAUGCAUUUUGCCCCGUCAUAGAUGCAUUUGAAUGUGUUUUUGUCACAUGAUCCUGCCCGAAAUGAUACCCCCCUUUUCAAUCUACUACAAUGUAAAUUCCAGGAGGACCACAUGCAAACCCUCCCAUCCGAGCCGCUCUUCGAGCUGACCAAGUCCGAAAUGGCCAAACUGCAGAAGAAAAUCUGUGGCGGCGGAGAUUUCAACGCCACCCCGAAGGCACCCCAUCAAAAUGUGGAAUGCCAGACCGACUUCCCAUCGCUCAGCCGCAUGAAACAGGACCAGGCACCCAAUCAGAUCCCACUUUUCAUACCCAGAACUCAACUCGCCAGUCUGCCGACCAACGCCUUCCAGGCGUCCCUGGUCCACUCCAUCAACCCCAUCGAUCCAUAUCAACUCCAGCUCAACGCCAUGUCCAACCCGUCGCCCACGCAGGUCUCGCCCCGCCGGACGUUGACGCCCAGAACCAAGAAAACCCACAAGCGCCAGAACAGCGCCGACAACAGUAGCCUCAGUUUGUCGGCCGACAAAAAUCGACCACUCACACCGGAGAAGAAGGAGAACCGCAAGCGCAAGGAGCGCCCAUCCAGCGUCCAAAACGACAUGAAGGAGAACAUUGAGACCCCCAACUACGCCAACCUCACCCCACUGGAGGCGGUGGAAAUGCUGAAUCAGCCCAUCGCCAGCAUCCUCAACCAGCCGGGCCCCGUCGACAAUGUGGAGGUGAUCCAGAGCCUCGUCAAGCAAGCCUACGGCGCCCCUGAAGGCACAUUUGAUACCUCCACCAACGAAGGCCUCUCACGAUACGCCGCGCAGACUAUGGAAGCCCUAGCGAAGACCGGAAACAUGUUCGCGGCGUGUGUUUUAUAUCAACAGGAGAGUGUGAAGAUGGCCGGGGAAAUGAAGAAUUUCACGGAUUUUGGAAAAGCCCUCGAAGUUUUGACCAAGUUUUGUGUGGAAAACAAACUGGCACAUAUCCAGCAACCAUGUAAGUGUUAUUUUUGGAAAUUUAAAAAUAUUUUUUUGAGGAGUUUUUUGAAAUUUUGAAAAAAAAAAUUUUUUUUGGAAAAAUUUUUUAUUUUUUUAUAUUUUUUUUUGUUUUUAGUCAACCUGGCCGACGCUCCACCAGCCCCAACUCAGGAAAUCACCUCCAUCUAUCAGCUAGCCCAAGACCCGGAAGGCGAACGGAAGUUCCGCGCCAGCGUCGACGCCCGCUUGUUAUCCAUGUUCUACCCGUUCAAGAAUGGCCCCAGCUCGCUGCAGAUGGUCCGAGAUGUUGUGAAUUUCUCGCAAAAGCUUCAAAACAGAAUCAACGAACUUCAGAAGGACCUGGAGGCGGUGAAGAAUGAGAAAAAGGCUCUAAAUAAGGAAAAGAACAACCUUCAAAAGGCCGAAAAGACGAUGCAAGAGAGAACCGAAAGCCUGAAACAGGACAAUAAUAACUUGAAACAACAAGUGAAGAAUCUGGAGAAGAAGGUUUCAAAUCUGUAAGUUGAUUUUUGAUUUUGUUUUUGUUUUCGAAAUUUAGGCGAGAAUUUGAUGGACUGUCGGAAGGCUGAUUUUCUUUUUUUUCAGCCAGUCCGACCGCGAUGACGAACUCCAAAAGGUCCGCCAACAACUGGAUCACGCCCGUCAAGAGAUCCAAGACAAGGAAACGCAGCAUUCGCGAGACAUUCAGAGCCUGAAUGACGUCAAGAGGAACUAUUCCAAGGAGCUCACCGAACGCCAAGCUCAAAUCCAACGUCUCAAGGAUCAGCUGGAAGAGAAGUCGAACCUCCUGAAGAAGGCCGAGACCGACAAAAAGGCCCAACGCGACGCCCACUCCAAGCUACAGGAACGCGCGCGUCAGGCCGAGAUUCAGAACAUUGAACUGAAGACGGAGCAUGCGCUGAGCAAGCUGGAAAGAGCCCGUGCCGACUCGGAGGCACGCGCCAAGGAAUGCGAGGUCCGCCUGGGCCACAACGACCUGAACGAGGAGGAACGCUCGGCCAUCACCAAGGACAUGGAGACCUGGAAGAAGACCAAGGCCGAAUGUAUGAAACUCAUCGACGAAUUGAACAAAGAAACUGCCAAACACAUUGAAAUGGUCAAGGAGGGAAAACAGCCCAGUCAACUGCCCAAAAUGAACAUCCCCAAGCCCCCGCCCUACCCGGUCACCUCGCCCCUACCACCGAUUCGACUGGUCCGCGAACCCGUCCAUCCAACCCCAAUGACCUCGGCUCCAAUCCCGAACAAGUUCAGCCAACCGGCGCCGAACAGCCAGCAGAUCUCCCCACCGGUCCAACUCCCCCAUCACAAUGUCCCCCAUGUCCAACCGUCCGCAUUCCGCAGCAUGGCCGCCAUGAGUGGCCCUCAUCCACCUCCAUUCGGACCGAAUGGCCCUGUCCCCGCUCCUGUUGGCGCCCCACCCUUUGGAAACGGCUCAAUUCACAAUCAACACAUGGCUCCAUACAUGAACCAACAACGCGCCCCCAAUAUGAUGUUCCAACCCAACAGCAUGCAAGCACCCAUCGGCUCGAGGCAUCAGCAGAUCCAAGAACCUCUGAUCAAUAAGUUUGAGCAGUUUGAACAUUUCCCGGACACGAAUCGAACUCCUUUCAACCCAACUAGAUCUUGCACUCCAGCUGAAUUGGAACAGUUUGAAAAGAUGAGAAAUGUGAGAUCGCUAUGGGAAAAGGACCUGCCCAGCUCGUCAGCCAGUGUUGGAGGCCCUAUCAGCACGGGUAAGAUAUUUUUGAAUAGUUUUUUUUUUGAAAUUUAGAUCCGAAGUUUAUCACGGACAGCAAUGAAAAAUCUAUUUCCAGCCCCUGUGAACGACCCCGUCGCCUCGGUGGCCCAGUCCGUCGCCCAAUCUGCCAAAUUCUUCCCACCAUCCAACUUUGACUUCCCGAAGCCGGCCGCAACGAACACCACGGAGCCCGGCGUCGCCGACAUCCUCCGCAACACCUGGGGAGACUCGAUUUGGUCCUUCAACAACCACAACUAA